AUGUCACCGACACCUGGGGCCACGGCAGGUUGCGAUUUCUCCGGCGAUGUGGUGCAACUCGGCGAGGAUGUCUCCGACGAUACUCUGAGCCUGGGAACCAAGGUGUGUGGCUGCGUGUUUGGUAACAACCCAGAGUUCAGAGACAAUGGCGCCUUUGCAGAAUACGUCGCGGUCCCGUCGAAGUUCCUUCUUCGCAUUCCCGACAGCAUGAGCUAUCAAAGUGCAGCCACGCUCGGAAUUGGAUUGUCGACCGUGGGCUUGGCGCUGUAUCAUGGCUUGGGCCUCGAAAGUAGACCGUCCGCGCCUUCUGCCAAGAGUCACCCUGUACUGGUAUCUGGAGGAGGGACGGCGACUGGAUCGUUGGCAAUUCAAGUGCUCAAACUGGCUGGGCUCGAGCCCGUCACCACAUGCUCGUCUGGAAGCGUUGAACGUCUCCAGCGUCUUGGAGCUGUGGCAACCUUCGACUAUCGGUCUCCAACUUGCGGCAAUGACAUUCGGGAAUACACCGACAACAAGCUUGUCUUCGCUCUCGAUUGUCAAGCUGACAUGGGGUCAAUGGCAAUCUGCUACAACGCGAUAGGGUCGAGCGGAGGGCGAUACAUGGCGUUGAACCCAUUUCCACUCCGUGGGCAUCGUCGACGGAGUGUCCGACCCGAUUGGGUCUUCAUGUUCACCCAGUUCUCGCAGCCUAUUACGUGGAAGCGACCGUAUCGCCGCGAACCGCAACUGGAGGACAGGGAGUUUGCAGAGAAGUGGUAUGUAGAGCUGCAACGGAUGUUGGAGCGGCUCGAGCCCGUGCCGUAUCGUGAGAGGGUCGGCGGGCUGGCGGCUGUCAUGGAAGGAGUGGAGUCUGUCGGGAAGGGUGAGGUGGCAGGCUGUAAGCUAGUGUACCGCGUUUGA